ACAUGAUCCGCUGCUGCUGCCUGGACCGCCCGGGCUGUCCCGGCUGCAGGGAGGAUGGCGAAUGUGGCCACGAAGGUUUCGUGGUCCGGGCGGGAGCGGGAGGCGGAGGGCGCGGGCGAGACGACCCCGCUGCUCAACGGCACCGGCGCCGCCCCCCCCAAGCCCCGGCAGCUCACGCCAUCAUCACCUGCUUCACGCCUUGGUCAUUUGAGCGACGUGUAUCUUGAUGAAGAUUCCGAACAGGAAAUGGAUGCCCCCUGCUCCCUUCCCCAUGAGAUCCCACACAGUGAGAAACUCCUGUCACUCAAGUACGAGAGUUUGGACUACGAUAACUGUGAGAAUCAGCUCUUCCUGGAGGAGGAAAGGAAGAACCACACGGCCUUCCGGACUGUGGAGAUCCGGCGCUGGGUCAUCUGUGCCCUGAUUGGGAUUUUCACUGGCCUGGUUGCCUGCUUCAUCGACAUCUUGGUGGAGCGCUUGGCAGGGCUGAAGUACAAGGUGGUAAAGGGAAAUAUUGACAAGUUCACCGAGAAUGGCGGCCUGUCUUUCUCUUUGCUCCUCUGGGCUGCCCUGAACGCUGCUGUCGUGAUGCUGGGCUCCGUGAUCGUGGCGUUCAUUGAGCCAGUGGCUGCCGGCAGCGGAAUCCCGCAGAUCAAGUGCUAUCUCAAUGGCGUGAAGAUCCCCCACGUGGUCCGGUUGAAGACGCUGGCGGUUAAAGUCUGUGGAGUGAUUCUCUCGGUGGUGGGUGGCCUGGCCGUCGGGAAGGAAGGCCCAAUGAUUCACUCGGGAGCUGUCAUCGCAGCUGGUAUUUCUCAGGGGAGGUCCACUUCCUUAAAGAGAGACUUCAAGAUCUUUGAGUACUUCCGGAGAGACACAGAGAAGAGGGACUUUGUCUCGGCGGGAGCUGCUGCGGGCGUCUCGGCUGCCUUUGGAGCCCCUGUCGGGGGCGUGCUCUUCAGCUUGGAGGAAGGCGCUUCCUUUUGGAACCAGUUCCUGACCUGGAGAAUUUUCUUCGCUUCCAUGAUCUCCACCUUCACCCUGAACUCCAUCCUGAGCAUCUACCACGGCAACCCGUGGGACCUUUCCAGCCCAGGGCUCAUCAAUUUUGGCCGCUUUGACACUGAGAAGAUGGGAUACACGAUCCAGGAAAUCCCGAUCUUCAUAUUCAUGGGAGUGGUAGGUGGGAUUCUCGGUGCCAUAUUCAACGCCUUGAACUACUGGCUGACCAUGUUCCGGAUCAGGUACAUCCACCGGCCAUGCUUGCAGGUCCUGGAGGCCAUGCUGGUGGGGGCUGUGACGGCGGCAGUGGGGUUUGUGAUGAUCUACAGCUCUUCCGACUGCCAGUCCCUUCAAGGCAACCGGGUGACCUACCCCCUCCAGCUGUUCUGUGCUGACGGAGAAUACAACUCAAUGGCCACGGCCUUCUUCAAUACACCCGAGAAAAGUGUGGUCAGCCUCUUCCACGACCCUCCAGGCACCUAUAACCCCAUGACCCUGGGCAUGUUCACCUUGGCGUAUUUCUUUCUGGCCUGCUGGACCUACGGAUUAACGGUCUCUGCAGGGGUCUUCAUCCCGUCCCUGUUGAUUGGAGCCGCCUGGGGCCGCCUCUUUGGUAUCUCUCUGUCCUACAUCACCAGUGGCUGGAUCUGGGCUGACCCAGGGAAAUACGCUUUGAUGGGAGCCGCUGCCCAAUUGGGGGGGAUCGUGCGCAUGACCUUGAGCUUGACGGUCAUCAUGAUGGAGGCAACGGGCAGCGUCACCUACGGCUUCCCCAUCAUGCUGGUGCUGAUGACGGCCAAGAUCGUGGGGGAUUAUUUUGUUGAGGGCCUCUAUGACAUGCACAUUCAGCUGCAGAGCGUCCCUUUCCUGCACUGGGAAGCCCCCGUCACCUCACACUCGCUCACGGCCAGAGAGGUGAUGAGCACGCCAGUCACCUGCCUGCGCCGGGUGGAGAAGGUGGGCACCAUUGUGGACAUCCUCAGCCACACCAGCUCCAACCACAACGGGUUCCCGGUAGUGGAGAGCACCCCCGAUGCCACUCAGACCGAGGGCCUGCGAGGGCUGAUCCUGCGCUCCCAGCUGAUCGUCCUCUUGAAGCACAAGGUCUUUGUGGAGCGGACGAGUCUCUCCCUCGUGCACCGUCGCUUGAAGCUGAAGGACUUCCGAGAUGCCUACCCCCGCUUCCCCCCAAUCCAGUCCAUCCACGUUUCCCAGGACGAGCGGGAGUGCAUGAUGGACCUGACGGAAUUCAUGAACCCCUCGCCCUACACAGUGCCACAGGAGGCCUCACUCCCACGCGUCUUCAAGCUGUUCCGGGCCCUGGGCUUGCGCCACCUGGUGGUGGUAGACAAUCAUAACCAGGUGGUAGGACUGGUCACCCGGAAGGAUUUGGCCCGGUACCGGCUGGGAAAGGAGGGCUUGGAGGAGCUGUCCCUGGCCCAGACAUGACCGCCUCGGUGCCGAAGGUUUCACUGUGCAUCAUCGCAGUCCCUCUGCGGCCCAGCCCCACGGCUCACGAGAGCCCCAGCGCCCUGCAUCUGGCCUCCUCCUCUUGCCUUCCUUCAGGGCUGCCUUCCUGCCUCUCUUCCUCCUCCUCCUCCCGUUCCAUGGGAUCAAGUGGGCCGUAGACUUCCUGGUGGAACUGUGGUGUGUGUGUGUGGGGCGGUUCUGGUGGACUUUCAGAGAAGCACUUUCCUCACAGUGCCCUUUCCACCGCCAACCGGCUCCGAGUUCCUCUGCCUCAGCCCUGCCAAUCGUGCCUUGCUCCCCAUCGCUCUUCUGAAGUCUGUGACUGGACCCGAACAGAGCUGACCCAGAGAAUCCAGGCUGGGGUUUCCUGAGGUGUCGGGGGCAGCUUCCUGCGGGUGCAGCUUCGCCUGGAACCGGCCUGUCCCGGCUGAAUGGAGCCUGCUUAGUGGCCCUGCCUGCGUUUCUCUUUACCCCAAAGCCCUGCAGGGGAGGUUCAGAUGGGAAACCCCCUCAAAACAUUUCUCGUCUUUCUUAUCUGUUCUGGGGCUGAUGGGGGGAAAACCGCAGGUGGCAGAUCUCCUUAGCUGCCACCUGGAGACUGGAGUGGAGCGGUGGGGGGGACGGGGACGUGAUAGUGGCAGAGUGUUCCUGUCCUUUCCUCUUUUGACGCUCCGCCCCUGCUUCCUGUCUCAUUUCUGCCUUCCCCCAUGGCCAUUCCUGAGCUGCUCCUUGCAUGGUGG